UCAUGCACGAACGGCGAUAAUAAAGUACAUAUUCAAAAAUGAGGAUCAACAAAAACUGGCAAACAGUCUGUUUUCUAGCAACUGCUUUCCUCGCCAGGCCAGCAUACAUGGGUCGCCUAUCGCAAAUGAAAAAGGUCAUGGGAUCUAUUCCCAUUCCCGUGGCUGAUAAUCCGUGGGCAGCCAUGCUCAUCGAUCCACUAACAGUCGAGUUUAGAGCAAACAUGACCGAGGUCCCUAGAUACAGUCUUGAUAGUAAACCUGAAUGGGCACCAGCGGGAUGGGAUAUGGAAAAAGUGAUGGAUAUGACGGUCGAGGAAUGGGAGAGUUUGACUGAAAGGCAACGAGAUGUUUUGCGUGCGGGAAUGGAAGCGCAUUGCGGGACGGAGUUUAAGAACGAAGUCAUCGAUGAUAUGAUGGCGAGAUCUGAGCCAAAGGCUCCUGCUGACCCACCUACCCAACCGCCAAAUUUCAUGUCAGUUAUGCAACGCUAUCACAGUACUGGAGAUUUGGGGUUCGUCUUUUAUCGUACCACCUACGACCAAGACGACGAGCAGUGGUCCCUCAUCAAACAGAAACUAAACACCAUAGUUGAAUCCACCUUUGACUACUACAGCAACAUCGACGGCGUGAACGAAGCAAAACAGCGCUGGAAAUUGCUCUGGGUCGAAGAUCCUGAGAAAUUCAAGGAUAUGACUCCAAAAGAUCUAGGCGCUCAUUACCGCGAUUCGAUGGGAAAGUUACCGAUGAAUUACAAGCAUUCCAUGUUCUUUGCCGUUGAUCAAGCAUCUGCGCGCUCGCUUUUACUCGCAGAUACAAGCUCAGACAGGUUACAGGAACGCCCUAGACUAGGUGAUGUGAUCCCUUUCGUUAUUGCCAUGGACAAUAAUCUCGGUCUGGAUACAGAGCCAGAACCAGAACCAGAGCAACAAACCGAAUAUUCACCUGCGGACGAUGAUGAAGAUCACGAAGAUCUCGAAACUUGGUACGGCCCUUUCCGUGCGCAACCUUCUUCUAUAGUGGAUGGGAUUUAUACUAUUGUCGCCAGCGAAAUAAUGGAGAUGCAUGAGUUUGCGUAUGCGGCUCACGGGACUGAUGAUGUUUGGUGGGAUUCGUAUGCGGGUGUAUGGACGAUUGAUGAUGAAGGGCGGUAUGUAGAGAGACCAUUUGAGGAUGCGGCUCUGUUGAGAGUAGAGUAUAGGGAAAAGAAGGAGAAGAAGAAGACGUCGACCACGACACAUGACUCGCGAGAGUUAUGAUAUAA